GCGUAAUAAAGUGUUUAAAGUGUUUCCCAGCGAGAUACAUUCAGUUGCUGGCCACUGGCCAUCCAAGUACCGGGCCCAUCACUCUCCGCUGCUGGCCAUGGCGUCAACACCUUAGACCUGCUGACCCUGCUGGCAAUGGGGGGCGUCCACCCCUCACUACAGCCUGCAGUCAUCCGGCUCACUUAUGCUUUCCUACAGGAGACAGGACGGCUACCAAGCCUGUGAUUGCCUCACAGGAAGUCACCAGCAGGGCAUUACAGCGAUGACGCAACGGCAUCAUCGCACCCCUCGAGAAGAACAUGGCUGAAAACUUGGUUAGAAGAUUAGCCAAAUAUAAGAUUGAAACAGAUCUUUAAAGUGUUCACAGAAAUCUGGCUUUCAUUUGUAAAUAAAGAGCGGACAGCUAGGAACACGACACCACCGGCAGGCGGAGACAUGUCGAGCGCCGUGACACCGUUGCUCUCCGCUCUGCUUGAUUUGUACUGGGUGUCACGCAACCAAACUCAAGUACAACAUGCACUGAUUAUCAAACACACCUAACAAGUCUGCUGCCAUUCCUAAAGCAACAAAACCGCUUGUCUUGAAAGGAUGUCCGGUGACAGAGACAACCUUGCUCAGUGUUGUGUUCGCUUCCUGACAGGGCGGGGAUUGUAACCAGGAAUUUAUCCAGCUUCCUCUUUGUUUUGGAAGAUGCUUUCCUGGCUGAGUGUGGUGUGUGUGUCUACUACUCCUGUGGUGCUGCUGCUGCAUGAAGCCUCUGCCGUGGGAACCCAUCACAAAUAUUGCUGCUGUGGUUGGGGCCAUCAUGUGCGUGGCUCUGGUGGGUGCAGCGGUGGCCCUUCUCAUGGGGACAGCCUUGGGUGCAUCCAUUACUGGCAGAAGUCCCAGUGUGCUGAGUGACGGGGGGCGGUGUGACCUUGCACAUCAGAGGGUCAGGCUUCAGUGAGGACCAAUUCAGCUACUUCAAUCCCUUACAAGGCAAUCAGGUGUUCUUGGUGAAUGAGGAGGAGGAGAUUGAAUGCAGAGUGAUUACCUACCUGACCACCAAGGAUAGGAUUGCCUGCGCCAGUGGGCGGCGCAGUGCAGACUCCAAGGCUCCCCGAGUGUACAGCAUUGUUGUGUAUGUGGAUGGGGUGCGUGUGCCAGACUCCUCACACACUGUACUGUAUGGCCGGGCAAGGUCACCUAAUAUUGAGACAGUAGCUCCUCGUUGGUCACUGCCAGGUUCUCUUUUGGAUCUUCAUGGCAAUUUCCACACCAGCAAACACUACAAGCUUGACUACACUGAUCCUGUCUCCAGUGAAGCUAAGAGUGGGAAUGUUCUUACCAAGGCCUUUGUUGGAGGCGUCCCCUGUGAUAUAGUGGACGAGAACCUGGAGCUCUAUGACACACUGACAAGGGAGAAGGUUACUUGUCGCUCCAAGGCUAAGCUGGUUGGCCCCAUGAACGCCACUGUCUAUGUUACUGGAAGAGGGGCAUCUGAAGUGACCAAGACAGGAAUGUAUGUGGACUCCCAGGACAGACUGUACCAGUUCCACACGUAUGCUGGUGUGCACAAUGUGAGUCCUGCCAGGGGGUCCUCUCAGGGUGGCACGCUGGUCACUAUUGAUGGUGUUGGCUUUGACCCAUACAAGGAGCAGACCAAGGUGUUGGUGGGGGGUGCUCAGUGUGCCAUCCAGGACAUCACUGAUGAGGAAAUCUGGUGCCUCACUCCAGCCCAAGGGAAGACCUCGGCCGGCUCAGGUGAGCGCGGGUUACUUGUUGAGCUGUACCAAGGGGAAUACUUUGAGUCCAACUUCCUGGAGGAGACAAGCUGGGCAGCCCUGUCUCCCUCCCAUGCUGGCUACAAGGCUUUUGUCCCUCAAGAUGCUGAGCUCAAGUUUCCCAUUGAGGUGACCCGGGAUACUGUGGGCACUCUGAAAGGGUACCUACAUCCACCACAUGAUGGGACCUACUCUCUAUCAGUUCAGGUUGGUGAGCAGAUGCUUGUGAUGCUGGCAGCCAAUGGAGAUCCAGACAGCAAAUUUGAAGUUAUGCAGUGGCAAGAAUUUGAACUGAAGAAGGGAACACCUGCCUAUUUAGAGAUACGGUUCCAGACUAGAGCUACAACAGACUUUACUCUUGCUAUGAAGGACUUCCACACAAAGUUCACCAGGAGAAGCACCCCUCGGGCCGUUAACGAGAGGCAGCGAGUGACCCUGGACAUCAUACAGAGGUGGGAGGUGCAGCACAUUGAAAUACGAGGCACGUCUCCUGUCAUUGGUGUGCUCUACCUGGACGGGAUGACGUCGCCUGUCAUUGAUAUUGCUGACCCUGCACAGGUUCGAGAGCAGCUGCUGGACAUGACAGAGCAGAAAUGCCAUGUGUACCUCAGUGGGAUCCAGACCAUGCACUACAGAACAUUUGAAGACAAGAUAGGACUUCCAGGAAUGCUUGGCACUGUAGUAGGGGAUGUGGAACCCUUCUGUGGGAGGAAAGCCUUCAGGUUGUCGAGAAAUGAGCCAAGAAUCUUCAGGGAGGCUGCAUCAAACAGUAUGAUCAACGCUAACACAUAUAGAUAUGUUUGCUUUGCUGUGAGGGGCAACAUGCAGGGCUCCAUGUCAGUCCGGUACUUGGUGAGGGACAAGAAGGGCAAUGAGGUGGAGGAGACCGUGCUACUGGAGCGUUCUUUUCCAGCCAACCGCUGGACGCACCACUGUGAGGAUCUGGUGGAGGCAAUGGUCAGUUCGGAAAGAUCCAUUUACAAGACAGGAGACACAUUGCUGGUGAAGAGUGUGAGUCUCCCAAAGCCUGCAGGAGUGACUGAUGAUGUGUAUGUUGAUGAGGUGGCCUUCCUCACCACCCCAACUUCUGUGACACAGAUGUACCCGCCUGCCCUCAAGCAGAAGGGAAUCCUUAUUGAGGAUGUGGCAGUCAAGAAGGUGACAGAGAAUGGGUACUCCCUGGAAUUCCAGACCACAAACUGCAAGACUGGAAUGCCCCUCCUUGGGCUCCUGCAGGUGGAAGGUCCUCCAGCAAGCUUUGACGCUCAGGUGACAGUCACACGUUCCUCUCAAACUGCCACGGGUCCCCUCGCUGGCACCUGGGACCUCGGAAUUCAGGGGCAGGUUGUAAAAGACAUUCCAGCAGGUGUUGACCCAAAGGUCCUGGAGGGCAUUCUGGAAAGUGCCCUGGGAACUGAUCUCACAGUCCAGUACUCCGGCUCCUGCAAGAACUACCACUACUACAUUGAAUGGGAGGAAGAUCCUGGCAGAAAGGAGCUGGUGGAGAUACACACAGAUAACCUGAUGUUUGAUGGAACUCUAAAAACCAAGAUCAUUCGUGACUCAGCCGGAGUCCUUUGGCACAGCCCUCUUGAGACAGACUUUGUGACCACUCAUAGGGACUCUCCUCAUGUGACAGUACAAGUGAAUGGUUACUUUGGUGCAUGUCUUGGUGCCUGUGCCUUCACCUACGAUGAUGCCACCACUCCCACGCUGACUGGCGUCUCCGGCACUGCAGGCGAGGGGCUGCAGCACACCCUCACCCUGAGUGGCACCGGCUUUAGCAGCAACACUGUGGGUGACUACCAAGUGAGUGUGGGGCAGUGGUCCUGUUCCCCCACGGCCAUCAAUGCCACCCAGCUCACCUGCACUGUAGCACUGUGGGGCGGCUUGCAUUCAGUGGCACUCAGCAUGCAGCCGGCUGGCUCGGCACUGCUCCCCUCCCCCAUCAUCUACAUGGUGCCAGUCACCGUGGUGGCACUCAGCAUCACGGAGGGCAGCACUGGUGGACAGUAUCCUCUCACUGUGACUGGCACUGGCUUCCCAGACAGUGAUGGGUGGGAGGCUGGCAGUGCCAUUAUGACUCUGGGUGGCAAGAAGUGUGUGGUUAUCUCUGGUGGACCCACAGAGGUCACCUGCACAGUGCCUGCUGGUGAGGGCACGGUGGAUGUGGUGGUGGAUGUGGGCGGCACAAGUGGCUCCCUCCCUUCCUCCUUCACUUAUGACGUCUCACUGUCACCCACCAUCAUUGGCCUUUCCCUCCACACCCUCUCCCUCUUUGGUCAAGAGGAACUCGCCAUAAUAGGAACAAACUUUGGCACUUCAGGAUCAGUUCAUAUCGGAUCAGAGCUGUGUUAUACGACUCAUUGGAGUAACAUCAGCGUGAGCUGUCUUACCCCGGCACUGUCGGCUGGCACUCAUACCCUGGUACUCUCCGCUGAUGGUUUUGGUGCUGCUGCCAGGGAAGUGGAGUACGUACUGCAGGUGACCUCGGCCUCAGCUACCCAGGGUUCAGUGAAGGGUGGCACGCUGGUCAGGCUGGGUGGCACAGGCUUCGGCUCGGAUUGUUCCCGCCUCAGGGUGAAGCUGGGCCAGGUGUAUGAGUGUGAGGUGCUGCAGUGCUCCAAUGAGGCCCUCACCUGCAUCACCAGGCCCAUCAUCACCAACCACAGGAUUGUGAAUGUUGGCACCAGCUCUGAGACUGUAUCGUGGUACCCUCGUGUGCUGGAGGUAGUGGAGGGAGACUCAGUAACCUGGCAGUGGAGUAAGGUGUCUGAGAACUCACAGCUGCAGUACGGAGUGUGUGAGGUGGCCAGCCCUGUGGAUAACUGCAAGGACGCUGAUGAUUCUGGCUUCUUCUCAGGGACACAGACUGCUUCAGGCUCUUUCACAGUGGCCUUCCCCCAGCAAGGCAUCCACUAUUAUGCUGGCCCCACCCUGCCUGGUGGUGUGGUGAUGCGGGGCCAAGUCAACGUGGUACGGCCACCUCAUCAGGCCCUCAGGAUGGCCGUACUGCUGGGUGACAAGGAAGCCACCUACCAGGUUGCUGGGAGUCAGGUCGUCAACAUGAGUGGCUGUGACCCCAUCCUGGAGAUGCCUCUGGAUGGGUGUGACCUCCCUGACCUGACCACACCAGAAAAUGGAUACCUGUACUUCCAUUUCCACACCUGUCACACACCUUUGGUCUUUGCCCUGGCCUCCUCUACCACCCACACUGUGAAGGGCCUGAGCGGCCUGCAGGUGGUGGGCGGCGACUCUCUCACCAUCACUGGAUCAGGCUUUGGUGACCUGGCCUGCCAGGUAGAGGUCAGUGUUGGUAAAGCAUCCUGUAGUGUGACCUCUGCUUCAGACACCUCUGUGACCUGCGAUCUGGACGACCUGGACAACCUGAGGUCAGGUGCAUACCUGCCCAUCACUGUCAAGGCAAUCAACAGGGGCAUAGCAGUGACAGACAUCGCAGGGUACAGCAGUGAGGGCCAUGUGGUGGUGGUGCCGCAGGUGUCCUCCCUCAGUCCCCUGGAAGGCUCCCUGGGUGGCAGCACCCUGCUCACCAUCAGUGGAAGUGGUCUGCAGGGUCUGGUUGCCUCUCCUGUGGUGCUGGUGGGGGGCCAGACCUGUGUGGUGCAGAAUGUCUCCUCCACCACAGUCACCUGCCUCACUCCACCCUCCACCUCUGCCACCGUGGCCACCUUCACUCUGACUGUGGCCGGAGUGCCGGCCAAGAUGGACACCCUGACCUUCACCUACAGUGAGGCACUCACCCCUGUGGUCACCAGCAUGGCAGUGCAGGGCGAGGAAGUGACACUGUCUGGCCACAACUUUGGCAGUGACAACACCAAGGUCACCAUCACUCUGGUGCAACAGUCUGUCCCCCGUGGCUGCCGAGAGGUGCCUCAGGAGGAGGAGAAGGAAGACUUGAUGGUAGAAGAAAGGGAAGAGGAGGUGGUGGUGGUGCUGAAGGAUGAGGUUGAGGACUUCCUGGGUGUGGAGAUGGGUGAUGAGAUGGACCGCCUGGUGGAGACAGUGGCCGAGGAUGAGGAUAACGUGCUCAGUGGUAAGUACCUGCAUGGCCUGGGGCAGAAGGCGAGGCUGUCCCUGAUGGAUGUGCUGGAGGCCCCUCAGGGCUUCUGGGGUAGCUUCACUGGUACCAGGGCAGCCACCUUUGAGGAGACGGUGCAGCUGGGUGCCUGGCGCAUGGCUGGCAGUGGUCCUCUUCCCUACAUACUGGACCACAACCCCCAGGAGAGACACCCACGACAGAGUCACUCAACAGAGGACCAUCCCACCUCCUACUCCUGCACCAUCACCUCUCUCACCCCCACCAAAGUGUCCUGCACAGCAGCUGGCCUGUCCGCAGGCUCCUACAGACCCAUGGUGACCGUGGCUGGGGCUGGGGCUGUUGUGGGCAACGAGGUGUCCUCCACUACCCUGCCCGUGGCCUCUGCCCUAACACCUCAGUCCGGCAGCAUCAACGGCGGUGCAGUGCUGGUGGUGAACGGCUCAGGGUUCAUUCCCGGGUACAUGAUGGUGGUGGUCGGUGGUGCUGAGUGCCCCAUGCUGCAGGAGAGUGCCAACACCAUCUCCUGCCGCCUGCCACCUGGCAUUGAGGGGGAGGCAGCGGUGGUGGUCAGUGUGGCCUGCAGUGAGAAUGUGAUGGCUGCCAAAGCAUUCACCUACGCUGCAGCCGUCACCCCCAUGCUUCUCUCUGUCACGCCCUCUACUGAUGUGGUGAGCAGCACCACCCUCACACUGGAUGGCACUGGCUUCACUCUGUCCGGGGGCACCCCUGAGGUCACCGUGGGGGGCAAGAGGUGUGGCCUGGUCUCCCCUGCUUCCCCCACCUCCCUCCAGUGCAUCGUCCCAGCACUUGGAGGAGGGAAACAUGAGGUGGUUGUGAGGGAUGCAGUGUAUGGAGACUCCAACAACUUGUCCAUCUCCCUCAUCUUCUCUCUCACCUCACUCACUCCCCCCUCAGGGAGCUUUGGGGGUGCUAGGAUCAUGCUGGCAGGUCAGGGCUUUGACCCGGAUGGCGGCUCCUUGGUGACCUUGUGUGACCUGCCCUGUGACCUUGUGAGCAGCGACAGCACCACAGCCGUAACCUGUGUGGCACCAGCCCUGCCCCACAGUGAGGCGGAUGUGACAUGUGAUGUGGUGGUGAGCAGCCCGAAUGGUUUGUCUGCCAGUCUGCUGGGUGGUUUCACCUACCAACUGGCUCUCACACCCUCCCUCACUGGCCUGGAGCCCCAGCGAGGCGGCACUGCUGGCGGCACCUCCCUCACCCUCACUGGCACUGGCUUUGGGUUGAGCGGCAAUGAGGUGACCAUUGGUGGGUCAGAGUGCAAGGUGACCCAGGAAGGUCCGACCAGCAUCACCUGUAUCACUGAGGCUCACCAAGGGUCAGGUCACUUCCAGGUCAAGGUCACUGCCCCUGGGAAAGGCUUGGCAGCAGCUAACAAUAGUGGAAUCUUCUCCUACAUCGACCUCUGGAGUUCACCAUUCACUUGGGGCAGCGAACCGCCACCAUCACAGGGGCAGUUGGUGGUGGUGACUCAGGGCCAGACACUGCUGCUGGACCAGUCAACACCAGUGCUGAAGAUGCUGCUGAUCCAGGGCGGCCACGUGGUGUUUGAUGUGGAGACUGUGGAGGAGCUGGUGUUGCGGGCAGAGUAUAUUUUGAUCGUUGGUGGUGGCUCUCUCAGUAUUGGGUCGGAGGAUCAGCCUUUCCCUGGUGAGGCCGUCAUUGAACUGCACGGCAACACACACUCCACCGAGCUGCCCCUGUAUGGUGCCAAGGUGUUGGCGGUGCGUGAUGGGACGCUGGACCUUCAUGGCCGUCACGUCCCCAUCACCUGGACCCACCUGGCAUACACGGCCUCCCUUGGGGACACCAACCUCACCCUGUCCCUGCCUGUCACCUGGAGGCAGGGUGACCAGGUUGUUAUUGCCACCACAGAGAACAGGUUCUACAUGAAUGAGAACGAGGUGAGGACCAUCGCAUCAGUCUCUGAGGACGGCCUGGAGGUCACGCUGACAGAGGCACUGGAGCACACCCACCUCUCCGUCACCCAGACUCUUGGGGGACGCACGGUGGAGACACGUGCAGAGGUGGGACUCCUCACCCACAAUGUCAAGAUCCGGGGAAAUGUUGGCACCGACUUCAGUGUGGCUAUUGAGGGCUGUGACACUGCUUUUAGGCCUGACCAGCACGCCACCCAGUCAUGUUUCAAUGGUCGACAUGGAGAUGAGAUUGGCAGUGACCAAUUUGGCGCCACCGUGAUACUGUCUGGAAAGUUCCCUGACCAGGACUUGGUGAUGGGACGCAUUGAGUAUGUGGAGGUGACCAAGGCUGGUCAGGCAUUCCAACUUGGGCGAUACCCACUCCACUUCCACCUGGCUGGGGACAUGGGUGGUUCGUACAUCCGCGGGUGCUCCAUCCACCACACCUACAACCGCGCAGUGACAAUGCACGCAACGAACAACCUGCUGGUGGAGCAUAAUGUGGCGUACAACAACAUGGGUCACGCUAUCUUCACAGAGGAUGGGGUGGAGCAGAACAAUGUGGUGCAGUACAACCUUGCAGUCUACACCAGGACCUCCUCUUCCCUCCUUAAUGUGGAUGUGACACCCUCCUCAUUCUGGGUGGUGAACCCAAACAACAUUUUCCGUCACAAUGCAGCUGCCGGUGGAACACACUUUGGUUACUGGUACAGGCUGGACCACCACCCCUCGGGCCCAUCCACCACCUACACCUACUGCCAGAACAAUGAAAAGAUGGGACUCUUCUUCAAUAACACUGCACAUUCCAUGGGAAGGUAUGGUCUGUGGGUGUUCUCCAAUCCAGGAUAUCACCCAAAAUCCGACAUCUGUGGAGGCAGGGACAUGGUGGCCAAGUGGGAAAGCUUCACCGCGUGGCACUGUGAGCGGGGUGCUGAGGCAGUAUCUGGCACUAAGCUGCAGUUCCACAACUUUGUGAUGCUUGAUAACCAACAGGCUGGCAUGGAGAUGGUGUCUGUGAAGGGAGGGUUCGGACAGGAUGACGGCCCUGGCAUCUUCAAUUCCCUGGUGGUGUGUCACUCGGCCCUCAACUCCACUGCCUGCACCUCAGGAACCAGUGGUAUUGUGGCACCCAAGACCCAGAUCUUUAGUAUCUCCAAUGUCACAUUUGUUAACUAUGAUGAGGAUGGAAGUGCUGCGCUGUCUGGAUGUUCUCAGUGCAGGAACUACCAGGGAGGCUACAGGGCACAGGUUAAGGGUCUGGCCUUUGAGAAUUCACCCAACAAGAUCAGGUUUCAGUGGGAACACGAGACAAUCUGGAUAGACGCUGAUGGCUCUCUGACGGGCGAACCGGAGGCGAAUGUUGUUCCCACAAUGGGCAUCUUACCAACUGAUUCCUGCACUCAAGAAGCAGCAUUCUCUGUCACCAAGAAUGUGCCAGGAUCAGUUUGCCGAGGGGCCAUGAAAUUCCUGCGAGUGGCCGUCACCAAUCCGAGCCCUUCCUCGCUGCUUGGCAAGGACCUGGUGGUGAGCAACGAAUUCGGCGCCACCCACAUCUCUUACCUCAUGCUCCGUAUUGGUGGUGCUGGCUGGAUGGGGCUUGUCUACACUGGUGCCACCUUUAACUUCAACUUUGAAAAUGCUAAUCAGUUCGUCAACAUGUCGUACAAGACUAACACAAAAUUCAUGACAAGAAAUGACUACUAUUUUGUGAAGCACACACUCACCCAGACACCUGACAGAAUUGAGACGACCAAGGGUGAGAGGGAGAGCCUGGAGUCCCUGCCUGACCCCACCACAAACAUUCAUGGGGACUUCUACUGGGACACAGACUCAAAGGAACUCACGUACAUGGUGUCGCACAGUAAAAAGACUACAAAAAGGCAUAGCAACAUGGUGUUUGAUGACCGAGUUCCUGGUCAAUCAAGGCAGAUCAGUUUCAGUGUGUAUAAGUGUCAGCACAAAGGAUGUUCUGCACCUGACCCUAGACCAGUCCCCACAACACAUCCAGACGCAACUUUCCGCUGGUCUGAUGUGGAGACGUGGAAGCAUGUGCCAGUCGGUACUGGUGGCCACCCAACAGAGGCAGAAUACAGCCUGCCCGUGGAGGGAGAUGAGAUUGUGAUUCCUGAGAGCAUGUGGCUCGUUGUGGACACGGCCACACCCAAGCUUGGCCGUGUCUUUGUGUAUGGCACCAUUGAGUUUGAUGACACGAUGGACCACAGAUUUGAGGCCACCAUUAUUUACAUCCAGGGAGGCUCUUUAGUGGCUGGCUACUCCUCAGACACUCCCUUCACCCACAGUCUCAUCAUUCGCCUGAUGGACCCUGAAGAUGUUGAUGCCUAUAGCAUGAACCUGGGCUGGAAAACUAUAGGUGUGUUUGGCUAUCUCAGGCUGCAUGGGCAGGUGUGGGGGAGAUCGUGGUACAAGCUUGGGGCCACAGCGGAAGUGGGGACCAGCCACAUAACUCUGGCUGAGGCUCCUGAUGCUUCCUGGCUCAACAAGGAGGUGGUUGUGACAACAACAGCAAAAGAGGCAACAGAGAGCGAAGUGAGGCGAGUGGUAGCAAUCAAUGGUGCCACACUCACCCUAGACUCAGCACUCAGAUUCCAGCACCUUGGGGAGAUACACACGCUGUCAGACGGCACUUCCAUCACACUGGCUGGGGAGGUCGGUCUCCUGAGCCGGAACAUUGUGGUGGAAGGAGUCACGGAGAACAGCAACGGGGGAAGAAUUCUGGUCUCCACAGUCUUCCAGAAUGGCAAGCAUUAUGUUGGUUCGGCCCAAGUGGAUGGCGUGGAGUUCCGUAACAUGGGGCAGGAAGGCUUCACCGACAUCACUGACCCACGCUACUCCAUUGCCUUCCUGGGCCUUGAUGCCAUUGAUGACCAUUCUAGCUACGUCAAGAGGUCAUCAUUCAAUGUCAACUAUAAUGUGGCUGUUGGGCUCAUCAAGACCUUGAACAUGGUAGUGGAGGAGAACGUUAUCUAUCAUGUGCUGGAUUCAGGCAUAAGAGACGAGACAGGCUCCAACACCUACAGGUGCAACCUCAUCACAACUGUGCUCUUCCUGGGGACUUAUGAAGACAGACAGGAAACAGAGAACUUGAAUUGGAGUGGUGCCUUCCAGCUGGACAAUGCACCCAACACUGUACUGACUGGCAAUGUUGUUGCUGGUGCAGAACAGGCUGGCUACAAGACCCUUGGAGAGCCGUGCGAGGACACAACUCGGUGGAUGGGGAAUGAAGUGCACAAUGCAAUUUAUGGAGUCAUGCUAUGGAAGAAGGGAGCCAUGGGGCCACUGACAGACUGCUGCAGACUCAACAACUUCUACACCUGGAGAAUCUCAGACACAGGCUUCUAUGUCCAGCACUAUGCCAGCUCCCUCAUCACUAAUGUUGUCUCUGUGGACAGUCCCCUGGGAGCAAUGCAGAUCAUCUAUGAGCCAGAUUCACUGAGUCACAAGUUCCACCCCAAGACAGCCAAUGCCAGUCACUCCCUAUUUGUGGGUGUCUCCCCAUCACACACUUGUGAAUACCAGGCAUCCAAGUCCCGGAUAAUGAAGUUCUAUGGAGAUAAAUUUUUUGGCGGAGGCGUCGGUGGAGGAAACACUGGCAUCCUCUUUGCAUCAUUCACCUCUGGAUCUAAUAUGGCACCUCUCAUGACCUUCAGUAACGCUGGAACUUACCCGGCACUCUACGGCUCCACACACUUUGAGGGUCUCACGUUCCACAACUUCCAUGACACCGACUGCGGGCGAGGCACUGCUCUCAUGGUGAACCCUCAGUCAGAGGACGCCAACCACCCCGCGUUUGUCAAGGGUCUCUUGUUCCUCAACACACCACAGGAGAACUACAUGUACAUUCCUAGGCCCAACUUGAGCAGCAUUGAUCCGUCAGACUGUGUGGAUAUGGACUGUGAUGGACUAAAGAAGGUGGUGGUGACGGAUGUUGAUGGAUCUCUGCUGGGUGAAAAGGAUGCCACAGUAAUCUCUCAGGCUGACUGGGAGUGGGACGGAGAUCCUCGGAGGGGCAUUGGAGAUUACCGCAUUCCUCUUCCAAUCAGACAGAAUCCUGACGGAUCCCAGAUUGAGGCAGCUGACAAGUUUCCGAAUAAAGGCAUUGUCCGUGAUGCUUCCUGUGCUGUGGUUCCAUCAUGGCAGGCAUGGAAGUGCUUCUCGCUGCGUCACCGCCUCAUGAUCAUUGAGAGCAUGGACACAGACACAGAGGUGCGGCGCCUCUCCCCCAUCGCCCUCAUUGCCAACCCUGGCCCCAGUGGGUACGUGGACCUCCUCAAUGGACCAAUGGACAGAGGCUGGUGUGCUGGCUACACGUGUCAGGAGCGAAUCUCAACCUUCUUCUCAGUUGUGGCGACCGGGAUGACAUAUGAGAUGGCCAUGACCAGCACGCCCCCUCAGGUGCUGCGUCUGCACCUGCCACACAGUCCAUCCUCCGAGGCUGUUGUCCUACGCAUCUUCUUCCCAAAGCCUCAGCGUUAUGACAUCUAUGUGGAUAGUGUCUUUGUUCCCCCAGUCAACCUCAACAUCUCUGCAGCUGGCUACCAGCUGUUGCCUGAGGACCCCACCCAACCUCAGGCUUUCCUUCCCACACUGGACAAUGUAGUAGGGACCAAUUACUUCCAGCGUAGUGCCAAGCUGGUCCAUGUGGUGCUGCGCGGAGGCCACAUCCUUGACAUCAAAACCACACCCGUGAUCACCCUCACCAGUGGCCUCAUGGUGAAGGAAGAUGAGUUUUAUGAGCAGAACCUUGUGUUGAAUCUGGCCAACCUGUUCGAGGUAUCCCCAGACAACAUCAGGGUCAUCAGUGUUAUGCGGGAGGACUCCAGGAGACAGCAGGGAAGGCUGGAGGCUGAGGUGGCCAGCGCUCCAACUACAAGCCUGAAUGGUGAGUGGGAGAAGGGAGCAACUGGCGGGGAGGUGAUUCCCUAUGAGAAGCUGGUGCAGAGUCUGGAAAAGGCCAUCAAUAGAUUCCAGGACGGAUCGUGCAGCAACUGUGCCUCUCUCUCGGUGAGUGACCCCAUCGAGCCACCACCCAAGGAAGCCCCUCCAAAAGCCACAGAGGAGGAAGGCACUGUUGUCAUUCCAGAUGUCGAACCAUUCUACAAGCAGCAGGAGAAGGAGGCGGCAGAGAAGAUCAAGGAGAGCCUGGCAGUGACAGAGUAUGCCGAGCCAUCCAGUAUAUUGGUGCUGAGUGGUGUGCCCAGCAGUGUGGUGCAGUACACAGUGUUUGAAAUGCAGCCGUCUGUCACUGUACUGGAUAAAGAGGGUGCACCCAUCAGUGACCUGGGCCACAAGAGUGAUCCCUGGCAGGUCACGGCUAGUUUGUCAGGAGGUCCGCCAGGUGCCAUCCUCAUUGGCACCACCACAGUUCCCUACAGGAACAGCACUGCCACCUUUACCGACCUGUCUGUCAGCAAGCCUGGGGAAGGGUACAACCUCUCUUUCACCAUCACCUACCCCAGCUAUGCUCCAGCCCUCACUGCCACCCUAGUGGAGACCUUCAGCUCAACACAGAUGAGUGCAGCAAUGGUCCUGCAGCAGCCCAGCAUAGUGCAGGCCGGACAGCCCAUCGCCAUCACUGUUCAAUUUGUUGACGAGGACUCUGGCUUGGUGCUGGAUGGCCAGGCCUUCAAGGGCCAGACAUUUGUGGGUGAACUGCUGGCAAAGACUGCUGAGGGACACUUUGAGGUUAUUCAGAGGCUGUAUGUACCAGAUGAGGCCGUGUCAAUGCUCACCUUUGAGAAUGUCAUAUUUGAGGCGUCAGACGUGAGACAGCAACUCAUAGCCAAGGUUGCUGUUGUCCCUGCCGGCUGGUACAUGGAGUCCUCUUUGCCACGACUGGUGGUGUACCCCUCACAUCUAGCCAUCAAGAAGUACCCCAUGGUCAGGUCCCUGCGCACUGAUCUGUUCCGAUGGAAGCAGUUGGAGGGGGUCAAGGAUGUGUUGGAGGAUGGAGUGCUGAGUAUGUUGCUGCAGUCGGUGGACAUGCUGGCUGAGGGUGUGUACUGGGGCCCCCCGUUGAUGUCACUCUCAGGAAUGACUCCAAUAAGAAGGGCAUAGCAGAGUACCAGAUAACUGGACCACAGGAGCAUGUUGCCACAGCCCUAGGGAAACUGUGCACAUCCCUCAGCAGCAACAUAGCCAUCCCAGUAGUGACAGAAUGUCUGGACACUCAUUACAAUGCAAGGAAAGUCUACGUCGAGGACCAGAUCUUGCGCUGCUCUCAGAGAAACGUUGCGCGUCUCUUGAAUGAGAGCCCUCUUCUAGAUAAUCAGAAGGGUUCUGAAGUUAGCCUCGUGUCUUCCAUCCCUAAGGAUCCUCCAACCCUCGUAUCUCCCCUUUGGCACCAUAUCUUGUGCUGCUCUCAGAAAAAUGUGCUUCUUUGGAAUGAAACUGAGAGUGAGGACGGUGUUUCAGAUGCUGGGAAUAGUACUGAAGUUAGUCUUAUUUCUGGUGUCCCUGCGCAUCUCCCAGCCCUCACAUCUCCCCUUUGCACAAGGAUGGCCAAGGAAAUCGUUCUCAAAUAUCCAGAGAUCCUCCGUGCUGGGCGCCCCUCUCCCUCUCCCUCAAGUUUGUGGGUGCUGACGGCUCCCUCCUGGAUGGAGCAGUGUUUGUGGUGAGACACACAGGGAACCUUAACUCUCAUGCCUUGGGUCUUAUAGGAACUGUUUUCAAAGAGGAGGAGUCUGGUUUGUGGAUCAAAAGGUAUUGAUUGAGAUACAGGGGAGGGAUGUGAGUGCCCAAGGUGAGGUCCAGGUUUUGAAGAGAAUCUAUUUACCUGAGAACAACUUAUCGGCAAUUCCUGUAGAUGUCGUCAUCAGCGAGGUCAGUGUUAGAUACCAACUUGCUGCUAAGGUGUCUGUUGUACCUGCUGGCUGGCAUCUCCAGUUUGUCUCUCCUGACCUGGUGGUGUAUCCCUGAAAACUUGGAGGUCCAGGAGAACUCUGUCACCAAGAACGUUCAAAUGAAUGUCACCAGGUGGCUGGUGGCAGCUCCUCAAGUGAACCCAGAGCUUGAGGACCGACUGAUGCAGGUGAUAAUGGGGGUUGAUAUGAGUGUCGAGGGCGUGUAUUGGGGUCCUGUCACCUUUGCUCCUGUGACCUCUGGCUCUUCUAAAAAGGGAGUUGCAUCCUUCACGAUCACUGGGCCAGAGGACAGCGUGAUGGCUGCCUUGGAGGGGCUGUGCCUUGAGUUGAAGGCUGCAGUCACCAUUAUAAUAGAGCAAAGCUGCAACAAGUCAUCCAAGUAUUUUGUCAAGAAGGUUUAUGUUGAAGGCAACCUCCUGCACUGCUCUCAGGAGAGCAGUGGGACUCAGGACCAGCUCCAAGACCCACAGAGGAUUGGAAGGCAUAAAUUCAGUCGUGGAUAACUGUUGACAUUUAAAACUGGUAACUCCACUUGUCAGAUGAUAGGUGGGAAAGUUUUAGGGUUGAUUGACGGGAAUAUUGUUGUUCUAAAUUCUUUUUCGGUAAAGUACUGUAAAUCACUUGCAUGUGAAAUUUUGAGUCGAUGAAAUAGCAUGAAUGGUAUUUUAGUUGAAUUGUUCUUUGUAGCUGGAAAAAAAUUAAGUUUGAUUGAUGGUGAAAGUAUUGUUCAAAAUCCUUUUACUGUAAACUAGAUCAUGUACAUAGUUGUGAAUUUUUUUUUUGGAAAUGAAAUAGCAUGAAUGAUAUUGUAGUUGUUUGUAUUGUACUAUGGGUACACCAUUGAAAAAAAUGUAGGAGUUAUGAAAAAAAUUGGAUUAACUAACAUCACUGAGGUUGUAGUUGUGAAAUUUUGGUGUAAAUUAAUGUAAACAAUGAAAUAAUCAUUAAAGUUUAAUCUUAUAUUAGGAGUCAUUGGAAAUUAGCUAAAACAAACACCCUUAUAUCAUCUUAAUGCUAUAAUGACUAACCAACUUUCCUCUCAAAUCAUGGCAUAGUUUUAACACAAGUAAACAGUGCAUAGCUUUGCCAAAUGUUCUCAUAAAUCUGUGUUGGAAAUAUAGUCUUCACCAAGCAUUA